AUGGCAAAGAUGAGUGGUGGCAUGGGUAUGAUGGGCUUUUUCGGUCCUCCUGGUGGCAUGCCUUUGCCUGGCUCUGGAGCUCGCAAACCGAAGGCUGCCACGGAGCCCGAGAAGCAUGGUGAUUCUGAAAGAGGUGCUCCAGCGGCAGCUCCUCCUGUGCCAAUUAUGGCUUUGCCUGGGAUGAAUACGAUGAAGCCCCCAGCACCCGCUGCUUCACCGGAAGGUGUGGAGAAGGAAGAAGAGGAGCCCCAUGUACCAUCUGUCACGGAACAACAUCCCCCACAUGAGGUUUCUGAUAUCGAGGAAGUCGUUCAGAAUGAACUCCGACAGGACUCUAGUGAUGUUCCACCCUCUCCUCCACCUCACAAAUACACAGGGCCCCCACCUCCACCGGUAGAAACUCGUCCUGCUCCUCCCGUCUCUGCCUCUGUUCCUCCUGAGCGGCCUCUGCCAACUCCAUCAGCACCAGCUCCGCCAGUGCCAGCAGCUCGAUCCGUACCUCCUCCACCUGGUAAACCUUUUGACACAGGCGAAGAUUCGGACGAUGAACUUUCAACUCCCGCGCAAAAUCCGUCCGUGAAUACUGCUGCACCAAGUGACUCAGUGGUCACUCCAUUGUCAGAGACACGUCCUUCACUGGAGAGACUAGAGUCUCGUCGGUCGUCCAUUUACUCCACUGGCAUGUCCCCUACAUAUGCGUCCGAGAAGAGACACAGUCGUCCUCCACCGCCUAUCCCAACGAGUCCUCCUCUUCAUUCUCCCUUGCAUAGCAGAGCGCCGCCUCCACCACCACCUGGCAAUCUCAGCCGGGUAUCAACUGCUGAUAGUCGGGCUAGCGCAGCAUCUGCACCCCGCCAAGCCGGCGAGGUUGAAGGGGAGAUCACAGAAUACGAUGGAGAUUAUGAUACUGAUAUCGCAUCGGGUGCGAAAUUCAAGGACGCCUUGAAGGCUCAUGGUCGUGACUCAAGCCUUGACGAGGACACUACUGCCGAUGAUCGUUCGAUUCAAUCACCUGGAGGCCCUGCCCCUGAUAGCCGACCACCACCUCCCCCUCCGCAUGCCCCGAGAGCAGUUCCGCCUCCUCCGCCUAGUCAACCUCCAAAGGCAGGUAGGGCAUCUGUGGACUUGCCCAGAGGACCGCCCCCUCCGCCUCCUAAAGAGCAGCCAAUUGAUAAUGAGGACGAGUAUGAUCCGUUUCGCUACACCUCUUCAUCCCACGGGCUGCCACCGCCCCCACCAAUACCUAGCGGGCGCCCCGAAUCGGUAGUUGUUCAACCAGAGCCUCCCCGGGUUGACUAUGACGAUCUAUACGAAGCGUCGCCUGUUCAUUCUCCCUCAGAGCCUCAAUUACCGACUUCACCACAAGCAAAACGUCUAUCUGUUGCGCCACCCCCUCCUCCAAGUCAACCACCUGCGGCUGGUCGACCACCGUCAUCACGGACCGCACGUGCAUCGAUGGAUUUUCCUCGGAGCCCACUCCCUGUGCGCAGGUCCAUGGAUGUAUCUCGUCCGUCAAUAGACCAGGGCUAUAUUGCUAUGGAUAUUGACUUGGCAGAGGCUACUCUCUGGUGGACGCGGCCCAACACUCCUCCUCCAGUCUUCCAGAACCGUAAAGACCUUCUCUUGGAAGUCGAAGAGUCGAGCUCCUCUCAGCGGGGAGGAAGGACUAUGGUCACGAAAGAUAUAUACGUUCUCUUCCUUGAUUACUCACAGACGGUUAUCUCAGUGCGCUUUGAUGCCAGAAACCCCUCGGAUGCUUCUUUGGAACAGCGCCACGAACCGCCUCCUCAUCCGCCUCGUCAAGAUCAGCUUGAAAGAGCUCACGUGGAGCUGGGUGCGCGCAUUUCUGAAGCUGCCGAAAAGGUUCAACAUACGACUGUCGCUGAUGGCACUCCGUUUGGCUUGAUUGAACAUCUGCUCAAGCCGUUGCCACACGCCCUGCUCCCUAUUGGUACACGAGCCUUUGGGGCUUUGGUUUAUGCCAAUCUGGCCAAUGCGUCUGUUCAACAAAAUGACGAGAUUCGUCCUGGCGAUAUCGUCAGCUUCCGCAAUGCACGCUUCCAGGGCCACCGGGGGACAAUGCAUCAGAAGUACAGCUCUGACGUGGGCAAGCCUGACCAUGUCGGCGUCGUCGUUGAUUGGGACGGAACGAAGAAGAAAAUCCGUGCCUGGGAGCAAGGAAGGGAGAGUAAGAAGGUGAAGGUCGAGAGUUUCAAGCUCAAUGAUAUGCGCAGUGGAGAAUGUAAAGUCUGGAGAGUCAUGCCCAGGAGCUGGAUUGGCUGGGAGAGUGUAAAUCAGUGA